AUGGUGCGCACAAAAUUCCGGACUCUGCUCAAGAUGCAUCUCAUUUUUGACUUUGACGGCACAAUAACGACCAAGGACACCAUUAGCAGCCUCGCCAGCGCCGGCAUCGCCGCCCAGAAGCUUAGCCGUGGGGCCAAUCUCCAACCCGCGUGGGACGCACUCGUCCAGACAUACCUUGCCGACUACGACGCGUACAGGGCGCAAUUCACCCCGAAAGAGGCAGAACGAACCGCCAUUGCGCAGGAAAAACUGUUCCUCGGCGGAUUCAAAGAUGUAGAAGAGGCGUCGCUGCGGCGUGUCGGCGAGGCGGCACUCUUCAAGGACCUCGGGCCCGCGGCCAUGCGUCGCCUCGGCGAGGAAGCGGUGCAAAACGGCAAUGUCAAGCUGCGGCCAGGCUUCGGCAACAUUGUCCAGGCCGCACGGGAAAGGGGCUGGCCGGUGGGCGUGGUCUCGGUCAACUGGUCAGCGGACUUUAUCCGCGGUGCCGUCGGCGACAUGCUGCGCGAGGACGACGCCGUGAUUGCAAACAGCACGCGCGAGGCGGACGGCACCAUCUGCGGACCGGCUGCGCUGGACGAUGAGCUGCUCGUCUGUGCGCCGGAUAAAUUACGCGCCAUGCUCCAGCUGCUGCAAGCGUCGAAGGUGGUCUACUUUGGCGACUCGACGACUGAUUUGGAGUGCUUGGUGGAAGCGCACCGCGGCGUCGUGAUGGUGGAUGACGAAGGCGGCGAAAGCUCAUUGUUGAGGACGUUGACAAGGCUGGGCUUUGAGGUGCCUCAUGUGGAGGAAAACAAGACGAUUGCAUGGGCUAGGACCUUUGACGAAGUGAUUGAAUCUGGCCUUUUGAGCGACUAG